UGUAAGCAACAACAGGUGCAUUGUGUAUGACAGUUACCCCAGGUGACCACAACAAACAAUGCCGAAAAACGCGCGGGUGACCCUUUGCAACGGACCUUAUGAAUCCAAUGGAGUAGUAGAACACAGGAACUUCCGCCUGCAGGGUCUUCAGGCCGCUCUGACAGCGCGCGGGCACCAGUGCGUCUUGGAAGACACGCGCGAGUGGAACAUGGUGGAGCUCGUGGUCAACGGGGAGGUCGUCUUCCGCUGUAAUAUAAAGCAGCUGGAGUUUGGUGGAGAUGGACAACUGGACCCUGUUUGCAAAGAAGCUGUUAAUGCUGUGGAGAACGCUUACUGAAGAUAACAGAAAU